AUGGCAAAAUAUUUCUGUGAGUUCUGUAACAAAUCUCUUCCAAACGACAAGCCAAAAAGCAGGAAGAUGCAUUUCCAGGGUGCAAGACAUAGCCUAAUGCGAAAAGCAUACUACAUGGAAAUCUUUGAGCAAGAUAAAGUGACUGCCGAAAUAAACACCAUCCUAAAAAAUGUAAAGGUCACUACUGGUGGUAGAUCGAAUACCGAAUUCAUUCUUCCACCUGGUAUUUGCUUGAGUGAACUCCACAUACCUGAAGAGCCUCUGGGAUUUAAACUUCUGCCAGGAUUUGAUUUCAGCAAUCCUGCAAACUUUCCUAGAACAAUCGAAGAAGUUUUACAGAAAUACCGAUGA